AUGGAUUUUAGAGAGGAUUUUAAAGAGGACUUUAGAAAGGAAUCAUUAAAGGUUCUCAUUACUAGUCCCAAAGUGUUUUCCAGCUCUCUGUGGCUCUGCUGGUGUUCUGGGACCAUUUUGCUGGACACACUGAAAGCACGCUUCAGCAGUGCAAAGGCACAGUGCUUCCUGAAUUCAGCCCAUCUUCUGGGAUUCAACAAGGAGAACCAAGGUUUCAAGUUGGCAUUCUCUGGAAUCCUCAAUGAAUCAGAGGUCUCUACUGAUGGAGUUCCAAAAUACACUGUAGAGACAUCUCAUCCUCCCGAGAGAAAGACAGUGCUACAGCAGGACAGAGAGUUGAAUACACCCUCCAAAGAAUACCAGAAGUUUAUAUGUGCUCUCUCAUCUUGCAAACCAGGAUUUGAAGUGGAUCAAUUACGAGAUGACAAUCUAGAAACUUACUGGCAGUCAGAUGGCUCCCAGCCUCAUUUAGUGAACAUCCAAUUCAGAAGAAAAACAACAGUGAAGACAUUAUGUAUUUAUGCGGACUACAAAUCUGAUGAAAGCUAUACUCCAAGCAAGAUCUCAGUCAGAGUAGGAAAUAAUUUUCAUAAUCUUCAAGAAAUCCGGCAACUUGAAUUGGUGCAACCAAGUGGCUGGAUUCACGUUCCCUUAACUGAUAAUCAUAAGAAGCCAACUCGUACAUUCAUGAUACAGAUUGCUGUUCUAGCCAAUCAUCAGAACGGAAGAGAUACCCACAUGAGACAAAUUAAAAUAUACACACCCGUGGAAGAAAGCUCCAUUGGUAAAUUUCCUACAUGUACAACUACUGAUUUCAUGAUGUAUCGCUCAAUAAGGUGACCUUGAAAUA